GAUUCUUCGGACCAGGUUUCUGCGAAUAUCACUCGGAGACAAUGCACUGCCACAAUCUGAUGCGGGGCUGGAAUCCUUUAACCAUCUGACGUCUUUCCGCAUCCAAACCAAAUCUUGGCAACCAAGUAGCUGCAUGCUUAUCGUACCUAACCAAAAUGUCAAACUCAAUUUUCUCACCUGUGCCGGCAUACCUCCUCGGCACUGCCUUCCUCGGGGUAGGCCUCAACGCCUAUGCGAACCCAGAGAGCGCCUACAAAAUGUUCGGGCUCCCCCUCCAAACGUCGAAGGCAUCGCCCUUGACAAUCCAUCCUGCCGCCGUCGAGCCCGUCUCGCCCUUCGUCUAUCCCAAGGCCGCGCGCGACAUCACCUUUGGACUUGCGUACUUCAUCCUACAGGCUCAACAAAACGAGACUGGGGUGACGGCGUUCUCGGCCGCGGUCGCGGUUACAGGCUUUUUGGACGGCUGGACGGUCUGGACAUGCGGCAGUCCGAAGAUGAGGAACAACGCAUGGCGUCAUUGGAUUGGUAGCGCGAUAUUCACGGUCUGGGUUGGACUAAGAGUUGUGAAGCGCAUGCAGUAAGGCCUUGGGUUGUCUCUGCGGAAAUGAUCCACGGUGUGGACUGGAGGGGUGUCACGUCAAGGACCUGACACAUCGAAGGAGUUGGAGACACGGCAUCUUUCGGGGUGGGAAGAUGACGACGCGAGAUUGUUUCUGUCCAUUUGUUUGCGCCUGAUAAUUAAUUAAUCCUGUUGCCUAUCCGAACGCACCGUUCUCCGCGAUGGUCUCCGAUCCACCUCGGCCCUGCGCUGACGCGGCGGAUCUCUUCUAUCGCUCUUCUCGUAAUAAAUCCUGG